CCGCCGGCGAUGGCUUUUCAUCCAUCAACCCAUAAUGAAACCGGCCUUCACUUUAUCUUGAUUCCUCUCCCAUGUCCAGGUCACUUUAUCCCAGCAAUAGACAUGGCCAAGUUAUUCGCCAGCCGUGGCAUAUCAACCACCGUCUUCCUCGUCCCAUCUAUUGCAAACAGAUACGGCAACACCAUUACCAAAGAAGCAAAUUCCAACCUACCCAUCACAUUCAUCCACCCUUAUUUCCCAUCAGUCGAAUCAGGUCUACCUAAAAACUCCGAUACUGUAGAUGUAAUCCCACAAAAUCAAAUGGGUAACUUCAUGAUCGCGCUAGAGUUAUGGCAAACAUCAAUUGAACAUUUCAUUCAACAGUUGAAACCCUUUCCACCAACUUGCAUGAUAACCGAUCGGUUUCUUCCAAUCGUAGCGGAAAUUGCAAAGAAACUCGACAUACGAAGAAUCAUAUUCGAUGGAACGGGUUGUUUAAAUCUUCUAGUUUAUCAUCAGUUAAACGUUUCUAAAAUUCAUGAAACCGUAAAUCAUGAUUCAGAACCUUUUGUUGUUCCAGGUUUACCUGAUAGAAUUGAACUAACUAGAAAUCAAAUACCCAAUUUGAUUACAGAUGAUUUAUUGAAAGAUUAUCAUAACAGAGUAAAGGAAAUCGACAGUUAUGCUUAUGGGUUAUUAAUCAAUAGUUUCCAAGAGUUAGAACAGAGUUACUACGAUGAACUGAGAAAUCUAAACUCCAACCUAGUUUGGUGCGUGGGACCGUUAUCACUCCGAAACAGUGCAAAAACAGAUAAAUCUAGGAGAGGAAACAAAUCAUCAAUAGACGAAAACCAAUGUUUGAAAUGGCUCGAUAAGCAAAACCCAUCUUCCGUUAUCUACGCCUGCCAUGGGAGUCUCAACAACCUCCCACUGCCGCACCUGGUUGAGCUAGGGUUAGGUCUGGAAGCGUCGAACCGUCCGUUCAUCUGGGUUUUAAACAGUGAAGAAUCUGCGGUGGAGAAAUGGAUAAAGGAAGAGGAUUUUGAAAAAAGAACGGAAGGGAAAGGGCUAAUCAUCCGUGGUUGGGCGCCGCAGUUGUUAAUACUAUCCCAUGUUGCUGUUGGUGCAUUUUUGACACAUUGUGGAUGGAACUCGACGUUGGAAGGGAUUUGUUCAGGGGUUCCAAUGAUAACAUGGCCAUUGUCUUGGGAUCAAUUUAUAAAUGAGAAAUUGACUGUGGAGAUUUUGGGAAUUGGAGUUGGAGUUGGGUCUAAAUCUGCUUUGAAUAUUGGUGAAGUGGUUGAUGAGAUUGAGGUUUCUGUCAAGAGAGAGGAUGUGACUGUGGCUGUGGAGAAGAUUAUGGAUGGAGAUGGUGAAGGUGAAGUUAGAAGGAGGAGAGUGAGAGAGAUUGGAGAGAUGGCAAAGAAAGCAGUUGAAGAAGGAGGGUCGUCUUACCAUGACAUGAGUCUUUUCAUUCAUGAUAUGAUGAUGAUCAUGGCUGUUUAA